AUGUCCCAGGAAUACCAUCGACCCCGCCCGCACGGCCUGGCAGCCGCCGUCCUGGAUAAACAGGCCCAAAAAUUCAACGAGCCCGAGGCGAAGCUGCUGCUGGAGUGGUGCGCCGGGCUAGCCGGCGAGGAGUUCGACACCGCCGGCACCAAGGACAACUUCCUGGAGCGGCUGAAGGAUGGGCAGGUGUUGUGCAAGGUGAUCAACGGGCUGAAGCCGGGCACCAUCAAGAAAAUCAUGAAGCCCAUCUCGAACUUCAACUGUCUCGAGAAUAUCAAUCAGUUCUGCACCGCUGCCCGAAAGCUUGGGGUGAAGGACGAAGAAACAUUUCAAUCGGUCGACCUCUUUGACGGGCGGGACCUCUUCUCGGUUUGCGUCACCUUGCAGAGCCUCGGCAGAAUCGUGGAAAAGACACUGGGCGUGCCCGGACCGAAGUCGAUCAGUAAGGACCAAAUUCUGAAUCGC